CUCCUCUCCCCCUUCUCCUUGCAAGCAGGGAGCAAGCGGGGGGGAAGAGCGAACAGCGGAGGUGUGAGCCCAAAUAAACCGACUCGACAGAGCGGCGCACGCCCCCUUCGCCGCCCGCUCCCCCCGGGGCCCCCGAGCAUCCUCCCCUGCCCAUUGGCUCCGCGGCGGGGGGGGGACCCGGCCCUAUAUAACGUCUGGGAGGCCUCAGGAGGGGUUAAUAGGGGAAAAAAAAAAGGAAAAAACCCACCCCAAAGAACCCAAAACCCCAAACCUCGUCCGCCUCAGCCCAAACCCCAAAGCUACCACCACCAUCACCGCAGCCCCUCGCCGGAGCCGCCUCCCCGCUGCCCGCCCGGUGGGGAGCCCUUCCCGGCUAUGGUGCGCUGCUGAGCGCGGCCCCCGGGGCCAGCGGGGCGGACCAUGAACCUGGUAGGGGGCUACCAGCACCACCACCACCACCACCACCCCAUGCUGCACGACCCCUUCCUCCUCGGGCCGGCGGCGCGGUGCCACCAGGAGCGAGCCUAUUUCCCCGGCUGGGUGCUGAGCCCGGCCGAGGUGACCCCCGAGCUCCCGGGCCAGAGCCCGAGUUACGGCGCCGCCGAGUACGGCCCCGCCGGCCCGGGGCGGCUGGAGGCUCUCAGCGGUCGCCUGGGCCGGAGGAAAGGGGUCGGGGGACCCAAGAAAGAGCGGCGGAGGACGGAGAGCAUCAACAGCGCCUUCGCCGAGCUCCGAGAGUGCAUCCCCAACGUGCCCGCAGACACCAAACUAUCCAAGAUCAAGACCUUGCGCCUGGCCACCAGCUACAUCGCCUACCUGAUGGAGGUGCUGGCUAAGGACAGCCAGCCCGGGGACACCGAGGGCUUCAAAGCCGAGCUCAAGAAGGCCGACGGCAGGGAGAACAAGAGGAAAAGGGAGACGCCCGAGGUCUACUCGCAGCCUUUGGGCCACGGCGAGAAGAAGCUGAAGGGCCGGACGGGCUGGCCCCAGCAGGUCUGGGCCCUGGAACUGAACCCCUGAGGGCUUUCCCACGACGGCGCUCCCCGCUCGCCCCUCCAUGUGCAAUGCCGGAGAGAGCCCGGCCCGGCCCCCGGAGCCAGCCCGGGCCCUGUUGCCCCCGCCGAGGCCGAUGCUCCGCGGGAUACAAGCGACGGGCGCCCUGCGGGGCCGGAUCCUGCCUGUCCCGUCGGCACCGGGGGCCGGCCGGGUUAUUCCCUCCCUCGCCCCUUCCCCUGUUUGCAGUAAUCGUUGCUCCUUCCCGCUGCCAGCACGAUCGGCGGCUCCUGCCCCCCCUGGCCGGGCUGAAGCGGUUUAGUUCGUUUGCUGUUGUAAAUACGAGCCCCCAAACCCUGUCCCCGUCCGCUGCCUGACCGACGUGUGGCUGCGGUGAAACUACCUAGAGGUGCAUUUGGGAACACUCCUGUGCCGGGUUUUCUACCUCAGAUCUGCAUGACCACUUCCCGAGGGACCGAGCGCGCCGCACCACGUAUUUAAAACGGAAUAAUUAACAAAACCAUGAAAUAAAAUACAAACUCUAUGCAAA